GACAGUGACAGAAAUCUAAUAAAUAAAUAGUCUCCAUUUUUGUUCAUUGUAUUGUAUUUUGAUUGUAAAUUUCAAAUAAUAUUGUAAUAUAUUAUACGUCUACGUUAUUGUAAUGAAUAAAAUAAGUUUGUUUCUAUAUCAAACAUAGUUUUGUAAAAAAUGGUGCAUUGUUGUGUUUUAGGGUGUAAAAGUGAUAGUGAAAGAAAAGAACCAGACCUAUCCUUUCAUUGUUUUCCGGAAAAUGACAAUUCACACAAGAAUUGGAUCAAAGCCACAGGACGUAUAAACUGGAAAGCAAACAAAUCUUCAAAGAUUUGUAGUAGACAUUUUGAUGAAAGCAUGUUAAUUAAAAAGAAGAAGAGAGUUUUACUUCUUCCUGGUGCUCAGCCAUCACUGGACAUCAAGUCUACAGCUAUUUCUUCCACAUCUAGCCAAAGUUCGUCAUCUAUGUGUUCCACUUCUGAUACAAAUUGUUUGACCUCUGAAUGUAUUGAACCGUCACUCUUCAUAAAGGUUGAAGAAUCAGUCGUCAAGGAUGAACCAUCUAUAAGUUAUCAGGAAUACAACAUAGAGACUGAUUACAAACUUUCCGCUCCCAAUAUGCACAUUGAGCACACGAAAAUUGAAAAACAAGAUGAUGAUGAAGAUGAUGAUGAUGACGAGGACGGUGAUGAUGAUGAUGAUGAGAAUGACGAUGGUCCUUCCCCGGCGUGUGUUCGACCGCCAUCGGCGUCUAUUCCAUCACUAUCUCAUUCGAGAAAGAGGCACGUGUCAGCUCCAGCCAGUGAACAGCAUCAACCCGUAAUAGAUGUUUCGCCAAAAGCGGUCGAGAUUCGAAUGUUGAAACGGAAAUUGGAAAAGUCUCAAAUAAGAACAGCAGACAGAUUGAAAAAGAUUAAAGCACUACGUCAAAAAAACCUUCGUCUAACAAGGAAAUUGGCCAAUUUGGAAAAUGUCAUUGCCGAGCUGAAAUCCAUGAACGGCUCCAAGUCUACGGCUAAUGAUACAAAUACAGUAUCACGUCUUAACCCCGUACGGGCUAGACAGAACCAAGAGUCACAAAACUCUAGAGCCACGUGCAGUGCAGAAGAGGGCUUAGUACUAGAAUCGAUUGAUCCAACAAAUAGAAGGGACAUUUUUAAAAUAUUUGUCAAUCCGACCGUUAGUACUGGAAAAUAUCCUGUAAUGUCAGUAGUGCCAUUGAUCGUGGACCGUAGCUCCGAAGGUUGAUCUGAAGGUCUUUAUUGGCGAUAUCAAAUAGUGUAAUCUAACAAAAUUCAAUGAAAACUGGACUAUUACCGCAGCACAAAGGUCAAUAUAGAGUAACUUGAAUGUGAUUCGAUUGAAUAGUAAAGACUGCAGUUGGCGACACCACAUCUUUCUCCAUCAACGUCAGUGUUCACCAAGGCUCGGUCCUCAGACCUAAGUUCUUCAGUGUGAUAUGACGAAGUGUGAAACAGCGUCAAGGACAUACAUAAGUAACCGACAUGGCUGCUCAUGUAUGUUGAUGAUAUUGCACCGACGGGUGCAGACAGUGGCGUGCCAAUGGUCUGAUAACUAGGAAUGCGGAACGGAACGGAAUCGUGUGAAGUGGAGGAGAUAAUGUUGGAGAGUGGGCCCUGAGCACCGAUGCUCUAUAGCUGAAGAAGAAACCGACAAAACGCUUUGAUGAAAUAGUGAAAGUGGACUCUGGGAAGAAACAGGGAAAACGCUUAGAUGACAGAGUUAAUGGACUCUGGGUUCCACAGCUCUAUGGUUGAGGAAGAUAUCAAGAAAAUGCUUAGAUAGAUUAUAUAGAUUAUAGAGGCAGAGACUGUUGCGAAGCGCGUAUGUGUGGAAGGAGUCGCUUGAGAAAUGCGUGUAACCAUGUGGAACUAUGUGGUGAAGACAGAAUAGGUACAUGGCCUCCAAUAUUACAGAUCUCAGCCCGUAUGUAGAGCCGGAUACUUUUAAUAUAAUUCUGUUGAUUUUUGUAGUUAUAACACUGGUAAAGCCAUAGUUUUAAACCGGCAAGUGGUUAAUAAAUGUCUGGGUAUGCCGCUUCUACCUGGUCCUGGCAUAAGGGCAAAUCUAAGAAAUGCUGGCGUGAUUUCAGCAUGAUAUGCCAAUGGUCUCUUAAGGAUGCCGAAAACUUUGUCGAGGGGAAAAGUUGAAAAGCGGUUCCUGAGUUCCGACGCACACCCAUUGAGGGUGAGGAAGAAACCAAGAAAACGAAAGAGAGAGAAAGAAUAGUAGAUACUAUUUAUCGGCACUGGAGUACAUGUUGCUUGCAAUUCAUAAAUCCGGCGAUGAUCUACAAAUACGUAUGAUUAUGGAAUAAAUAAUAUUGUCUUUA